UUCUUCCCCAAACCCAUCUCUUAGAACCCUAGUCCCAAACUCACGGCAACAAGGACGGUAAGUCGGCAACGAGGACGGCGACGAGUACUGCUUUAAGAUAAGCUGGAAGCUGGGAUAUGGAUCUAUUAGUUGUGACAUCGCUUUUGGGGUUUUUAUUGGGCAUUCUUAUAGUAAUUCCCCGCCUGCGUAAAUCUGAUCAUGGAAAAAUUGCACAGUCAAAUAAUGUUAGUCCUAAGGCAUCGAAAGCAUACACCAAAGCCGAAGUUUCAUUGCACAACAAGAGGACUGACUGUUGGAUCAUCAUAAAAGACAAGGUGUAUGAUGUUACGUCUUAUGUAGAAGAACACCCUGGUGGUGAUGCCAUCCUAACACAUGCUGGUGAUGAUUCUACUGAAGGGUUUUUUGGGCCACAACAUGCUACCCGUGUCUUUGACAUGAUUGAGGACUUUUGCAUUGGAGAGCUGGUGAAGUAAUUGAAUGUCAUUCAUUAUCCGGGUUCAUUGUCCAGGAUGACGACUACAUUUGCCAAUUAUGAAUGUGCUUUUCUAGGCUCAAUCCUUUUGAUGCACAAUGAAAAUUUUGCGAACAUUUAUACUUCCCAACAUUCUUGGAUUAAUUUUCUGGCAUUUAUUUUUGGAACUUCUAACACUGGUGGAAUCAAAACUAAGAAUUGACGUGAAAAAUCAGAUUUCUGGCCUAUUCUAUAAUUGGCAGUUUGAUCA